AUGUAUCGACAAAUACUCGUACAUAAAGACGAUCAAGACUUUCAGCGCAUUAUAUUUCGAAGUUCACCUAAUAGUCCAAUAUGUGACUAUAAACUCAAAACGGUGACAUUUGGCGUAAAUUGUGCCCCCUUUCUUGCCAUUCGAACACUUCACGAAUUGGCAAACGAUAUAAAAGAAAAAUUACCCCUAGCAACCCCGGUGUUAAAAACACAAACAUAUGUGGAUGAUAUCCUGUCUGGAAGCCACAGCUUACCCCAAGCGUACGAAGCACUAUCACAAGUAAUACAAGCCCUCAGGUCAGCAGUGUUCCCCCUAAAAAAGAUAACCGCCAAUCACCCCGAAAUCCUAAAAGAUAUAAAUAAAGAAAGUUUAUUAGAUUCAAACUUCCUAAUAUUCGAAAAGGAAAGUACAACAAAAACCCUAGGCAUACAAUGGAAUGCGGUCUCAGAUAAAUUCUCAUAUGCUCUUGAGUCGAUAUUUGCUCAAUCCGCAAUAACUAAAAGGCAAAUUCUGUCGGCUGUAGCCAAACUUUUUGACCCCGCAGGAUGGCUUUCGCCAGUUAUGAUACAAGCGAAAAUCCUGAUACAAGAAUUAUGGCUAGACGGAACCGAAUGGGACGAGCAAGUGAAACCACUUCGCUUGGUAAAAUGGUCCCAAUUUGCUAACAACUUGCACGCUAUUGCAGAGAUACAAAUCCCUAGAUGGGUAAAUUACUCCCCCGAAUACCAAGUAGAACUGCAUGGCUUCUGCGACGCCUCUGAAAAGACAUAUUGCGCAACUAUAUAUGUGCGCACCCAAAUUAACAGCACAAUUUCAAGCCAUUUGUUAGUAGCAAAAGCCAAAGUGGCACCUCUCAAAACACUAAGUCUACCACGACUUGAACUGUGUGGCGCGCUUCUACUCGCAAAAUUAGCCUCAACUGUGCAAACGCAUUUAAACAUGACCAGUCAAAAAUUAUAUCUAUGGUCAGACUCAGAGAUCGUCUUAGCUUGGUUAGAAAAACCACCCCACUCAUGGAAAACAUAUGUUUCCAACCGCACAGCCCAAAUACUUGAUUUAACCUGA